CCAAGGUCCCGAGGCUGCAGAUGGAAGAAAGCGCGCCCUAUGGAUGCUGUCCCCCGCUGGGGAUUUCAUGUCAGGGCUCCCCACCGCCUCUGGCCAUUUGGCCGGAAGGACAGAAAGAAGGCCACGGAGGACAUGGAGAAGCAGCUGGCGGACGUGCCCUCCUCCCUGACAGAGGGGUUGACCCCACAGGCAUCCCGAAAAACAGGUGCUGGGGAUUGCCGGGCAAGACCUCCGACACCACGCGGACCACCGUCCCAGGUGGUUGUCCACCAGACAGUGGUCCAGGAGCCGGAGCCCACAGAGGUGGAGGCCGAGGCCGAGGCUGCUCCACCACCUGAGGAGCUAGAGCCCGAUCUGGAGGGAGGGCUGGUGCCUGCAGUGACUUCAGGAGGAGACCAGGAGCCGGCAGGUGACCCGGCACCUGCCCACGGAGAGCCUGGCGCUGUCCAGGAAGAACUGGCACCUGCUCCUGCGCCAGCCCCUGCCCCUGCUGCAGUUCCUGCCACUCCCCCUUCCCCCACCCAGCCCCUGCCCCUGCCUCGGACCUAGAUCCUGACCUGGCUCCUGCCCCUUCCCUUACCCCUGCCUCUGCCCCUGCCCCAGCCCCUGCCCCUGCCUGUGCUCUUGUUCCUGCCCCUGCCCCUGUUCCUGCUCCUGCCCCUGCCAGAGCCACUGUCCCUGACCCAGAUCCUACCCUUGCUCCUGCCCCUGUCUGUACUCCUGCCAGAGCCGCUGCCCCUUCCCCUGCCCCUGCCAGUGGUCC